UGAGCCUUUGAGUGGGAAGCAACGCACUGUCUCGUGUGUAACGUUCAUCAUGGCAGGGGAAUAUAGCGCGGGCGAAUUGCAGGUUCCCGCCUGGUUGAACAGUGAAUUCUUUACUGGAAUUUUGAAAAAAUCUGAAAACGAUCCAUCGAUUGAGAUCGCGGGUGGAUAUGAACUACUUCCGGCCACCAAACCCGGCGAAAACUUUUCCAGUGUCAUGUAUCGCACUUGCAUUCGAUAUCGUUCGAAGUGUGAGUCCGACGAACAGGAAAUAAAUUUGAUAAUCAAAAUACCGGCAGUGGCUGAGGGUUUCAAGAAGGAAGUUGCGAAGGACAAUAUUCUGUUUAUCAAAGAGAUCAAAAUGUACAGCGAGAUUCUUCCGGCUAUGGUGAAGGUGUUGAACGAUGCUGGUGAGCAUCUGGAGGUCGCGAGGCUGAUACAUGCCUCACUGCAGCCACAUGUCGUUAUUGUUCUGCAAAGUCUUACGCCCGAUGGCUGGACUCCCGGACGAGUGAGCGUUCAAAGUUUUGAAGAGGCUCUUCCAACUAUACGAAACAUCGCAAAUUUUCAUGCUGCAUCGCUUUAUCUUCAUCGGGAGAUUAUGGACUUAUCAACGAACAGCGUUAAAGAAUUGUUAGUUACAGGAGCCGGUCUCACUCAUUUCACGAAUAGAUUCAAGGAAUUCUGCGAUGCUAUUGAAAAAUGGGAUGGUUGCGAAUCGUUCGUGGAGAAGUUUAAAAUUCUUCUUAGGUCCAUCGGUCAACGUUUACGCGAUAUCUACACUCCGGAUCUUCUGACCAAAGGCUACAAUGUUCUCAACCACGCUGACUUCACUUGGAAAAACAUAAUGCAUAAAAGAAAUCCGGAUGGCCGCAUCGAAGAUUCGAUGUUGAUCGACUAUCAAGCGUGUCAUUGGGGUUCACCAGCCAUGGAUGUCUACAGUUUGCUAGACUUGAUUGUUGACAAUCGCACUAAGACGACUCAUCGGAGCAGAAUCCUUCACGAGUACCAUACACAUUUCGCAACGGUGCUGGGUAAAAUGGGAUACCUCGGUAGAAUUCCCACUCUGGUAGACUUACAAGUAGAACUCCUACGGAACGGGUUUAUCGAAGUAUUCCAUGUCGCAAUAUUCGAGAAAUACAAAUUCAUUGAGCUCACCGAAACGAUGAUGGAUAACUACGAUGAGACAAAUUCGGAUGAGCCCUGUUUUAAUAAUGAAGAAUACCGCAGAAUUAUUAGUGGUGAAUUACCAUCGUUGCUGUACAGAGGCUUACUGGACUAAAACACUGAAAUAACUGAAUUAUCAGUAUAGUGAAAACAUUCCAGUUUAUUUUUAUUGCGUGCGCUCCUGUGGCCAGUGUUGUCCUACAAUUUGUGAAAAAAAUCUGCUCUUUGAUUUUACUCCAUCUAAAACGAUUUUACAGUCUUAACUAAGUAAGUGCAACUAAUAGAAGGAUAUUUGAAUUUUCUAAAUGUCAUAUCUAACUAUCAAAAAAAAUUGACGCCAGUGCCACAGGAGCUCUCUCUCCUACUCCUAUUCCUUUCAAACGCGUACUUCGAGCCCCCUUCGUUCCAUACUCCGAGCUGUUCCAACAGUUUCCAGAACCUUGCUGCGUCGCCGAGUAUCGAUGUGUUUAGAGCGCAUAAUAGCCCUUUCUGCAUGAACGAAACUCAAGAAACCUUUAUUAUCUUCGAACACUGUAGUUGCCUUAAGCGGCUGCUCUCCGAGACCUACCAGAAGUCUACGAAGCAUAUACACUGCCUUCAUAGAGGAUAGGUUGACACAGGAUUGUCGACGGCUCGCCCAGGCUAACGGUCCACCACUGAAAAAGAAAACGAAUCCCGAGAGACAGGAGGUUUUGAGGCCGACGAGACAGGAGGUUUGCGCAGGCCCAAUAAGCCGCCUGGAAAACCAAUAAUUAUGAGCAAUAUAAGAGAUAAUACGACUCGCUAUAAUCGUCCGAGACCUAGACGACGAAUAAAGGAUCACGAUUGGAAGCUUGGAACAUGGAACUGCAAGUCGCUAGGUUUCGCAGGUUGCGACAGGAUGAUUUACGAUGAAUUACAUCCCCGCAACUUCGACGUCGCGGCGCUGCAGGAGAUUUGCUAGACAGGACAGAAAGUGUGGAAAAGCGGGCAUCGAGCGGCUACCUUCUACCUAAGCUGUGGCACCACCAACGAGCUGGGAACCGGCUUCAUAGUGCUGGGUAAGAUGCGCCAACGUGUGAUUGGGUGGCAGCCGAUCAACGCAAGGAUGUGCAAGCUGAGGAUAAAAGGCCGUUUCUUCAAUUAUAGCAUCAUCAACGUACACUGUUACCGACCAAUCGGAACCAAUGUAAUUAAACCUACGAUAUGGAAGUCAAGUGACGAUAACUUGUUAGUUUGAGACAAUACUGUAAUUAAAGUUCUUAUUUUUUGUUAUAUAACACUUAUCCCUUGCUACGCCUCUGAUAGAAAAUUAGUACACCUCACAUCUUCACUAAAGAUUAUAUUGAAUAUUGUAUCUCUACGAGAGUGGCAACCUUGCCCGAAUGACAGUUCCGGGAAUAAGGUAGAAUUGGAGGAGGAGAGAGUGAGAGAAGAGGAGGAGAGAGGAAAAACGGGAAGAAAAGAGGAGUGGAGUGUGGACUGGGAAAAGAGAGGAGAAGGAGUCUGAUCGUCAAACCGAGCACUACGGACGAAAAACUCUUUUAUAAAAAAAACGUGGACGGUAAAAUUCGGUGGCGACGGUAAAUCACGGAAAAGUGGGUGAUAGUGCUCCGGCAGUGGAAAAAGCCGAAGAGGGAGCAGCACAAUUUUUGCCAAAGUGGACGGUGAAUCUCAGCACGAUUUUCGAUCCAGCUGUGGAGCAGACAUCGUGGACGAUUGUCAGAGCCGACAUUAGCUAGGACGGCGAGCUCAGCACCGGUGAUCAACGAGUUGAGCUAUCGUUGAAUCACACGCCGCGAGGGUAGGGUGACGGACGUUUUGGCGGUGAGAGCGACGGUGAGGACCGUGGGCUUGCCCCGCUUGCCGCCGCUCAAUAUCCUAUGAGUCACCACCCCGCCUGCGGGUGCUGGGACGUCGACGAAGGUUCAACGGCAGCUCCGAAAGCCAACAAUCAUCCCUGAAUGAACACCCGGUCGCCUUGUCACCAUUGACCUUGGCAGCGCCCAGUGCCAUCAAUGAUUCACCAGUGAAUGGGUACCAGAAGUCAGAAAGACCACGGAAGUACACUUUUCGGAACGACGGAUGAUCCGAUAUGCGAAGCAGAUCGUUCGGCAAGUAAAAUCAUCGUACCUCUCCUCCUCUCUGAUGCACGUGCACGGCCGCAACGAAUAUCUUUCCUACUCUUUGUAUUUCUUAUGUAAAUAAAUAUGUUUAAGCUUAUUUCCUGGUAUUGUAUAGUUUAAUCUUCAUACGACCGCCUUGAUUUCCCUUUCAAUGGUUCUGCCUUCUUUGUUUUGUCUACUUCAGUUUCGUUGGG